GUUUGGAUAUCUAGAUACUCCACUGAACCCAGAAGCUCAGAGAGAUUCCAGUGAGGGGGCUAUGAAAGUGGCUCUCAGUCUUUUUCAGAGGGUGUCAGGGCUGGCAGUCACUGGAAAUCUUGACAGAGCUACUCUUCUUAAAAUGAGGCAGCCACGGUGUGGUGUUGAGGACCCCUUUAACCAAAAGUCUUUAAAAUACAGGAGAUUUGGAUUUUGGCGAAAGAAAAACUUAACAUUUCGCAUUCACAAUUACACACCUGACAUGGGGAAAACUGAAACACAGACAGCCAUACGCUCAGCAUUUAAAUACUGGAGUGAUGUCACCCCACUCAGCUUUAAAGAGAUUAAUCAUGGAUUUGCUGAUAUUCGAAUCUCAUUUCACAAGAGAGAUGGCUGUCCUUCACCUUUUGAUGGUCCUGGCCAUGUUCUUGCCCAUGCUGAAGCCCCUCCAUCAGGAAUAGUUCACUUUGAUGAAGAUGAAUUCUGGACUGAAGGGAAGUAUUAUGGUUCCAAUCUGCGUAUUGUUGCGGCUCAUGAGAUUGGGCAUGCUCUUGGCUUGGGGCAUUCUCAGUACAGCAGUGCUCUUAUGGCAGCACACUACACUGGUUACCAAGCCAAUUUUAGACUGCACAUUGAUGAUAUCAGAGGAAUCCAAGCAAUAUAUGGUAAGCCUUAUGAAUAUCCCACUACCAUGGCCCCGUUCCCCAGGGGUGAUAUGCUAGAUCCAUGCGCUGCUAAACUUGAUGCUAUAAUGCUGGGUCCCUCACAUAAGACAUAUGCUUUUAGUGGGGAUUAUGUGUGGACAAUAACAGAUAUGGGCCAUAACUCUCCGGUAAAAAUAAGUUUGCUAUGGAAGGGGCUUCCAGGAAACCUGAAUGCAGCUGUAUAUUCCCCAAGAACCAACAAGACAUACUUCUUUAAAGGUGAAAAAGUCUGGAGGUUCACAAAUUACCGCCUUGACUAUCGAUACCCCAAACCUCUAAAAAGAAUCCCUGCCAACAUUGACGCUGCUUUGUAUUAUGAGAAGAACAAGAAAAUUUUCUUUUUUAAGGGCUCAGGCUAUUGGCAGUGGGAUGAAAUAGUUUAUAAUGACCUCAGCAUUUAUCCCAAACCCAUUUCACGUCUGUUUACUGGCAUCCCAUCAAAUCCUGAUGCAGCUUUCACAUGGACCAAUGGGAAGAUGUAUUUCUUCAAAGGUGACAAGUACUGGCGCUUAAAUGAGCAAUUGAUUGUUGAUUCUGGAUACCCACUCAGCAAGCGUGUCCGCUGGAUGAGGUGCAACUAA